CGCUUAUUAUUUCUAGGCACCUAAUCCUUGUUGAACCUAGAAACCCCCAGCUGCAGCUUGUAGCCGACUCGCAGAAGGUGCCAACAAAGGGAGAAGCAUCUUGCUUUCAUCGAUUGAACCAUCAAUUUCUGGCGCUAAAACGUCGUACCAACGCCGCAGUAUGGCAGAUCUCGAGCGGACUGUCCUUGAUUUUUACCAGAUCUCGACGAUCAACCCCGUGCAGUGGCCCGCCGAGAAGGACAACGACAGCGAUGUGUCGGAUGAAGAGAUGACCAAGAAGAUGCCCAACAGGAGGAAGUCGAGGUAUCAAGCUCUAGAGAGGGCUGUGAGCACCCGCAGCAGCAUCGUCCCAGGAUCCGAAAUUUCGGGCAGUGGCGUCGGUAAUUUGGUGCAGAGGGACGAGCCAGACCCCCUUGGCACAACAGACAGCGUUGUCCGGACAUUGAAACACAUCGGAGUGCCGCUGCAGGAUGACCUGAGGCUCCGCAACCGCUUCCUCCUCUCGUCAACGACCUUCUCCCCGGCCCUGUUCCUCUCUCAGAUGCAUGCGACGGCCGACACCCAAUCCCUGAUCAAUGGGCUUGAGGUUCUUUCCAAGUCGAUUGAUCAAAAAUCCGCGUCCCUCAAGGUACUCGUGGAAUCCAAUUUCGAGCGCUUCGUCCGCGCCAAGGCGACCAUCGACAAUGUCUACAAGGAGAUGAAAUAUCGCGGUGCCGACCUAACGCCUCCGCGUGCCAGAGGCCACUCUCGUCAUGCUAGCAGGAAUAGCUUUCGAAGUCGAAGUGGCAGCGGGCCCCCGCCCCUGAACCCACAUUCUCCUGCUGCCGAUCCGCGCAAGAAGAAUGCGCUGAUGAAGGAGAGCGAGUACGGCGUCUUGGGAGUGAAGGCGCCGCUGCUAGACGUCUCGGCCAAGGCAGAGGAUGUCUGGGGCCCUGCGCUGGGAGGGAGGGAGAAGGAGGAACACCUCAAGACGGUGGCAUCCGCCCUCGAUCAAUACAAGGAAUAUGUCGAGACGAGCGCGAUAAUAUCGGACAGCAUCAAGCGCAAAGACCAUGAAACCCUGGUCGAAGAGUAUACGAAAGCCAGGAGAUUCGCAGACGAGGCGAAGCUCUUGGCCGAGGAGAUCAAGUCGUCGCAGCCCACCGAUGACCAGCUGUACCGGAUUUUGCUGGCAGCACGGAUGUGGCACGAUGUCGAGGAGCAAAUCCAGGUUCUCAAACGAGACAUCUGGCGAAGACUGAUCUCUCCGCACAAUAUGACCAAGGCGGACGCUCCGGGUCAGCGAGAGGAUGAACAGCACAUGGAGCUGAUUUCGCUUCUCCUAGAGCUUGGGGUUGAGGACAACCCGAUCUGGGUCUGGCUGCUGAGCCGCUACGACUACCUGAAGAGCAAGAUCCAGUCCACUGCUGAGCGGUCAAAGGUGGAAAUUGAGAUUCUGCGUCGCCGCCUGGCCAACGCUGAGAAGCCGAGUCCACAGGCGAUCGCAUCCCAUAUGCGGGCACUUGGAAGACAGGCAAUCGAUAGCAUGGCAAAAACCUUCGACUCCUCCGAUGUCAUCGAACUUUGGGAGAUGAACAUUGCUUUUAUGAGCAAUCUCCUGUCGCCGCAGGGAAUACUGGGCGAGGUCCUGGAGUUCUGGCAAACUGUCCAGGGCUUCAUCGAUGGUAAAACGCAGAGGAGCAUGCCAGUCGGUUACAACGGGGAGUCUAAAAACCACCACCGACUUUCCCAGCAAGGGACAAUAGAUCUCCAGAAGGGCACUGUUGAGUUGGUCGGCCUGAUCCGAGACAACGUUCUCAUGUUCUUUGCCGGCCCUCCGCCAGAGGACAUCUCGCUGCUCUACUCGCCAAUGCCGCCGCAAUCUCCGGGGACGCCAGGUACCUCGGCCUCCGGGUUUCUGACACCAAGAGAUCCCCGCUUCAACUUGGAUCUGAACAACCCGCCACCCCCUUCACCGAAGAGGGGUGAGGCUUGGGAAAAGUUUGCUUUCUGGCCUCCUUGGUCAAAUUCGCUCAGCGGUGUGCAUUUCCUUUCCAAGAUGCUUGCACUCGUAGGGACCGCCGCUUCAGACAUGGCUUCUAUCUCUCCAGUCGGGCAAGGAGAUGCCGCCGAGGUUGAAAGGAUCAAGUCUCUGGUGGGCAUUGCCAGGGAGAGAUGCGUGACCGCGCUUUGUGCAGCAUGGAACAGGGAUGCCGAAAACAUAAAGUAUGUUGAGGACUGGAACCGAUCGCCCGACAGCCGCGACGUGACCAAGAUGCCAGCAAGCUUUGCCGCGUUUGAGGGCGCCUUGCUCGGCGGGAUGCAGAAGAUACUUUACAUCUCUGAAGCCAUGUCAAAACCGGGGGCGGAGGAUAUUGUCCUCCCCCCGCCCACAAAGCUGCUGCAGAUGGUGCGUAGUCAAUACGUAACGACCCUCUACAAGGCCUUGAGCGGGAUGGUGGAGAAUGCCGAGCGGUACCCAAAGAAGACAAACGACGAGUGGACGGUUGAGGUUGACGGCUAUGUCCUGGUCAACAACCUUGCCGUUUCACAGCUCUCGGCGGCUACGCUGGGGGGAGGCACGAUAGAUGCCGGCGACAGAAACGUGCGCAUGCUCCUGACCCUCAGCAAUCUCCAAGCCCUCCGCUCAGCUGUGGUACCAAGUCUCAACACCCAGUUCGAAAAUGCCUUCUCAGUCAAGCUCACCGACGAGACCAAAACGAUCCGCGACGUCCUCAGCCAGAUCGACGCCCGCCUCUUCCAGUCCUACACCCGCCCCUCCAUCGACUCCCUCCGGCGCACCAUCCGCGCCGGCGUGUCGUCGCCAGACUGGAUUCCGCCACUUGGCACCAAGCCGCGCGAAGCGCGGCCCUACGUCUACGAGGCUCUCCUGUCCCUCGUGCUCGUCCACACCCAAGUAUCAACCACGGUCUCGUCGCUCACCACCGAAGUGCUCUCCUACCUUCUCGAGCAGGCGUCGCGUGAGCUGCUCGACGCGUUCAAGACGCGGCCCCGGUACAGCCUUGAGGCGCUGAUGCAGGCGACGCUCGAUGUCGAGUUCGUCGCGCAAACGCUGAGCCACUACACGACGGACCGGGCGUCGGAGCUGCAAAGCGCCAUCUACCAGGAGCUCGACUCGCGCACCGACAAUGACGCGCGCGCCCGCCUGCAGGCCGAGCUGCCCGAGAUGCGCGCCGUGCUGAAGCGGCUCAAGGAGGCGAGCAAGAGCGAGUUUGCCUGCUUCAAGAAGCCCAAGACAAGAGCCGGCCCUGGUGUGGGGAGCGGGCCGGAGAGGAGAGAUACGGGGGAUAGUAGUGUUGGGGGUGACCGGGAGAGGUGAUUAAAUGAUUCGCUUGUCGCACGUAUUUUUCUUCUCUUGAGAAGGCCGUGAAUGUGGGAAAUGUCAGUUCAGCAGGCAUCUGCUUGGUUACUCGUCAGGGAAUGUCGAUGCCGUUUGCUUAGAAGCUAGAGAACAACAUCUAGAAACUGGUAUCCGAAUCUGCAAUGGGGUAUUUCUAACACGAGAGAACC